AUGGACACCAUUCAUCCUUUUGUCUUUGGCAUUACCACGCCCAAAGUCUUUUUCGGACCGGGCACCGUCAACGAGUUGAGUGGCGAGCUUCAGUCCCGAGGCCUCUCCAAGCCUCUCAUCAUCUGCUCGCCGUCCCGUGCUUCUCUGGCUCACAAGAUCCGGGACAAUCUGAGCAAAGCAGGCUUCUCAGACAUUGAGAUACUCGACACCGCCAAGGUCCACAACCCCAGCGACAUCAUCGGGCCUGCUGUCGACCACGCCAAGGGCCGGGAUGUGCUCGUGUCAGUGGGAGGCGGCAGCGCAGUCGGCCUGGGCAAGGCGGUUGCACUUCGUACCGGGAUGCCGCAGGUGGCCAUUCCGACAACAUAUUCUGGUUCGGAGAUGACGCCCAUCGUCGGUGAGACCAAGGAUGGCAAGAAGACGUCGACGACGGACCCCAAGAUUCUGCCCAAGGUUGUCAUAUACGACGUGGAUUUGACCAUGGACCUGCCCGUAAAAGUCAGCGCCCCGAGCGGCAUCAACGCCAUGGCGCAUUCGUUCGAGGCGCUCUACUCGCGGCAAGCCAGUCCGCUGACAGACCAUUUUGCUCUGGAGUCCAUCAAGGCACUGUCCAGCGCCUUGCCCGUCAUUGUCUCCAGCCCGUCGUCGGUCGAGGCGCGCACGUCGGCCCUCUACGGCGCCUUUCUGGCCGGUUUGAUGGCAACAGCAACGGGCAUUGCGUUGCAGCAUAAGCUGGCUCACGCGGCGGGCGGUUCAUUGAACCUCCCUCACGCCGAGACGCACUCCAUCUUUCUUCCCCACAGCAUCGCUUACAACGCGCCGUCCUUCUCCGAGGACGUCAGGACUAGGCUGUGCUCCGCCCUCGCGCAGAGCACCGAGAACUCGGUCGAAGGCAUCGUGGCCGGUCUGAAUGAGCUGCUCCGGCUCCUGGAGAUACCCCGCGGGCUCAAAGACAUCGGGAUGCAAGAGACGGACAUCGAUCGAGUCACAAACGUCGCUUCAGACACGCCUUACUGGAACCCUCGUCCGCUCGAAAAGGCAAAGAUCCGCGAAAUCGUCCGCAGAGCGUGGGCGGGGGAACAAGCUAGAGCUGAUCUCUAA